UUCGUUUUGUUCAUUUUCGUACGCGGAGUCAAAAAAAUUAAGUGAAAUUAAAUUAAGCUGGACGGCAAUGUCGGCUCCGAUAGCUGGCACCCACGGGCGUCCUAGAAUUAAUUCUGGUUAAGCCCCUUCUGUCCCCGGCUCCGUGACGCGCAAACGGCGGCGAAAAGUGUCCGAAACGAAACCAACCGAAUAGCAGCGACAGAGGAAGAAAAAAUAAAACAAGUUUGCGUAGACGAAAAGAAGCGUGAAAAGAAAGGGAAAUAAAAAGUGCAAUAAUGUUUAAACAAAAUCAGAAAAGCGUCAGUUUCAGGCUGUGAAUUGUGAGUGCGUGUGUGCAUGUGUGCCUGCGUGUGCCGUAAGUGUGUAGUGUGAGUGUGCGGCAACGAGUGUCUGAGUGUAAAUGAAGUGGAUCCGAGUGUUGGCCAAGCCCAAAACGAGAAUUAAUUAAAAAAGUGAAGCGCAACUGCGAAAAGUGCCACACGCAAUAGGGACGGACAGACGCCGAUCCGUGGAAUAAGGAGCAGCCGGAGCGCCAGAAAGAAGGGACCCCAACAUGACCGAGGAACUGAAGGUGGUGCUGCGCCGCAGCGAGCAGCAUUCCGGCUUCGGGUUUUCGCUGCUCGGCACCACCGGACCGCCACAUGUCAUCUACGACAUUGUCGAGAAUUCGCCGGCAGCCGAUUGCGGAGCGGUUGAGGCCGGGGAUGUCAUCCUCAAAGUCAACGGCACGGAUGUCCAUCGCUACACAACGAAGGAAGUUCUCAAAUGCCUGCGCCUGUCGGAACAGCUGGUGACCUUGGAGCUGAAGCGAGAUCCUAAGCUCAAGGCCCGGAUCAAAGAGCAGCUAGCCAACACCCAGAGUCCGCAUUAUGUGGACAUUGAGUCGCCCAACAUCUACGACUACCACAGCAGCAGCCCUCACUCCUCGCCCAACCAUCGUCCCGCCGCUGGUGCCAAGGGAACGGCAUCCACGCCCACGUCUACGCAGAGCGGACUGCGCUACAAGUCGCCCACGCACUUGCCCUCGCUGCGCCAGACCUCGUCGCCUUUGUUGGCGAGUGGAUCCACCACCACCACGACCACCGCCUCGCACACGCUCACCCACAGCCGCAACUCCUCGGCCAGCUCCACCAAGAUCAAGGUGGUGGAGACAAGCAUCACCACCUCGACGACCAGCAACAUCACGGGUAUAGUCGGUCCGACAUCGCCCACCGGAGGGGAGGCCACCUCGCCCACCUUCCGCCCCUCACGCAUUCCACAGGCGCUCAAGUGCCCAGCUUCCAAGCCCGUGCCCAUACUCCAUUCGCCCCAGAAUAAGCGGCCUCGUCCCUCGCAGAUUCCGACGAAGGCAGCAAACGGAAACGGUAACGGCAACGGGAUCGGGCAUUCCGCCCAGCUGCCGCCGCAGUCGUUGCAGCACUCCAAUAGCUACAGCGGCAGUCCGGUUACCCGGCAGCGAUUCUCCACGGAAAGAGAGCAGGAACGGGAACCAGAGCCGAACUCGGCGCCACCACAGCCGACGAAGGCGCCACGUUUUGAGGCUUAUAUGAUGACCGGUGAUCUGAUACUCAACCUGUCCCGGACACCGCAGACUAGCAAUCUCCUGCCCGCCCAGGCCAAAAAGGUGGACAGUCUACGGGACUCACCCAGUCGUCUAGUUAACCCCCGGAUCAACGGCGCUCUUGCACCGCGUGCAUCCGGCGAAUCCUCGCCCACGUCCUCCUCGUCAGUGGACUCGCCCACCAACACCAGCUCGGAUUCGGUGAAGCGUGAAGCCAAGAUCUUGCGGAAGCAACAGCAGCAACAGCAACAGCCAGAGCAACAGCAGCAGCAACGGGACAGCAUCAACAACAGCUACAACCGCAAGGAUUCGCUGACUAACGAUACACUGCUGAUGUGCGAAGAGCUGGAGCGGGACGAGGAGGCCGAGUACGGCCAGGACGAGGACAACCGGCAGCAGCGGCAGCGCCAACAGCAACAGCAGCGAUAUCGCCAGCCACAGAAUCAGCAACGCUACGAGUACUACCAAAACGAGGACGAGCUAGAGGAGCAGGAAGAGGUGGAGGAGCGCGAGGAAGACCAGACGCACUACGACAUCACCAACAUCGAAACCUAUCAGAGCGGACUGGGGCGCGGUGACGAGGACGACAGUGAUCGGCAGUGUCUGGUAGACGACGACGACGAUGAUGCCUACGAUGAUGAGGAGAAUGAUGCCGGCGAUGAGGACUACUCGACCAACUCGCUGGGUUCCGGUUCAGCCAAGCAGAGAUUACGUGCCCUCAAGCAGCGAACGGCCACCCGACAGCAGCAACGGCACCGAGACGCCGUCGACUGUGCCGUGCGCUCCGGUUCGGGAUCAUCGUCGACGACGGUUAAGAGUGAGGCAGGUGGCCUGGGCCUGGACGAAACCUCCUUCUCAGUGCCAACCUCCCCCAUCUCGUUGUCAACGCCGCUGAUCGACAAGGAGACGGCCAACUCGGUGCCCACCAGUCCGGAGCCCAGUUCUCUGGCCGGGCAGGAUUCAGGCAGUGGCGCCGGUGCCGGUGCCGGAGCGGUAGUAGUGCGCCGGCACAAUGGACAUGUGGUGCGGAAAUGUGAUGCCGCCGGUUUCCGCACCAGCAAAUCCGAGGAUCAUUUGCAGCAGAUCCAGCGGGAAGGCAUCGCAGCCGUGAUACCCAUCGACAUCGAUGAGGAUGUGAAUAGUUCGCUGAACACGCUGCUGGACACGCGCCAGGACUCGGAGGACUCGCAGGCAUCGGAUCGUGAUCGCAUCGUGUGGACCUAUAAUGCGCCUUUGCAGCCACAUCAAUUGGCGGCCCUACAGCGACAGCAGCAGGUUCAGGAGCAGGAGUUCCAGCAGCACCAACAGCAGCUCCAGCAGCAACACCAGCAGCAUCUCCAGCAGCAGCAGCAACAACUCCAGCAACAGCAACAACAGCAGCAGCAGCAGCAGACAUUCUACGGUCAGCAAUCGCAUUCAAAUUCACAUUCAAGUUCCAUUAGUUCGUCGCCCCAGCAUUCGGCUGUGGGUAGUCCGGCAUCGCCUACAUCGGUGUCCUCUUCGGUGAUGUCCUCGUCUGGCUCUAAGGGCGCCCUGGGCCUGGGUAGCAGCAGCAACGGUCCCACAUCCGCGCAGCAACAACAGCAGCGGGAACAGGGCGGUCACAUCGCGCAGCCGCCCGGCGGGAUGCCCGGUCUGCUUAGCUGCCCAGGCGUAAACAACGGUGGCAAUGGCGGUGCUGGUGGUGGUGGUUGUGUAACUGGUGGUGGUGGCAACAACGAUCAGAGCGUCUCAGAGGCCAUUUCGAAUAUUUCUAGUCCCGACUACCAAGACGACGAUAAUUUAUUGAGUUCUCGCGAUAUUCUAGGCGGCAUGGUACUUAGCGAUCCCAGUGACUCGGACUCCACCAUUCUCGUUUCGGACGCAGCCGCGCUGCAGCGCCAGCAGCUGAAGCAGCAGCUGCGUGCCCAGCAGCAGCAGCAGCGCGAGAGGGAGCGGGAGAGGGAUCGCGACCGGGAACAGUCUGAGCACAAGGUGGUCAUCCAAGUGCGUGGCCUGGACAGCAACAGCAGUAGCUGCGGCAACAACGGCCGCUCUGAGGAGGAUGUGAUCACGUUGACGGACGAACCGCUCGGCACGACGGGCAUUGGACUGCGGGACGGAUCUCCGCCCGUCUCCGACGAUGGUAGUGAUGUGGAGUCGCUCCACUCGUAUCAUUACUCACCCAAGGCCGUCGACAUGCCCUCGGCCAUUCGUUUGGCCAAAAGACUGCACUCCCUCGACGGUUUCAAGAAGAGCGACGUGUCCCGACACCUCAGCAAAAACAACGACUUUAGCCGGGCGGUGGCCGAUGAGUAUCUGAAAUACUUCACCUUCGAGAAGAAGUCGCUGGACCAAGCGUUGCGCGAGUUCCUGCAACAAUUCUCGCUCUCCGGCGAGACACAGGAACGGGAACGGGUGCUGGUGCACUUCUCCAAGCGCUUCCUCGACUGCAAUCCGGGCACCUUUAACUCACAGGACGCCGUGCACACGCUCACCUGUGCCAUAAUGCUGUUAAAUACGGACCUGCACGGUGCCAACAUCAAUCGCAAGAUGAGCUGUGCGGAGUUUGUUGACAAUCUGGCUGAUCUCAACGAUGGCGAGAACUUCCCCAAGGAUGUGCUCAAGUUUCUAUAUCAGGCCAUCAAGACCAAGCCGCUGGAAUGGGCACUCGAUGAGGAUGCAGCUGAACUGCAGCAACAACAGAGAUCCAACAACAGUGCUCAGGGCAAUGUGGGACAGAAUCCCUUCCUUGAUCCGCCCGAACUGGCUACGGCUGUGGAAUACAAAAAGGGUUAUGUGAUGCGUAAAUGCUGCUACGACAGCAGCUCCAAGAAGACUCCCUUUGGAAAACGCUCCUGGAAGAUGUUCUACUGCACGCUGCGUGAUCUUGUGUUGUAUCUGCACAAAGACGAGCACGGUUUUCGCAAGAGUCAAAUGUCCGACAAUCUGCACAAUGCAAUACGCAUACAUCACGCACUGGCCACCAAGGCCAACGACUAUACCAAGAAGCAACAUGUGUUCCGUCUUCAGACGGCCGAUCAGGCCGAAUAUCUGUUCCAGACCAGCGACUCCAAGGAGCUCCAGUCGUGGGUGGAGACCAUCAAUUACGUGUGCGCGGCAAUUUCGGCGCCACCUCUCGAAGGCGGUGUGGGUAGCCAAAAGAGAUUCCAGCGUCCUCUUCUGCCCAGCAAACAGUCCAAGCUGAUGCUGAAGGAGCAGCUAGAGUCGCAUGAGCUGCAGUUGGCCCAGCUGGAGCAGGAGCUUAACGAGCACAAGAAGGGUCCGAUUCCCAGCAAGGGACUGCCUCUGCAGAAUUAUAAGGAGAAGGAGAGCUACUUGCAGUACGAGAUUCGUCGUUACCGCACCUACGUGAGCAUAUUAAGCGCCAAGCUGCUGGCGGACCAGCAACAGCUGGAGCUGCAGGCCCAACAGCCGGCACAGGCGGCGGCGAACGACGAAGAGGCCGACACAUUCCCAGUGGGCAACACCACCGCAUGCCCGCCUUCCACGCCGCAAAGUAUUAGCCUGCAGCAGCCGAAGGAGCAGCAACAGCAGCAGCAGGCACCGCCAACGAACAGAGCUCCCCGGAUCUCGGGGUCGACCAAUAUCUGUUGGCAUUACCUGCUCCGGGACUCGCUUUGCUGUUGUGUUUUGUUGUGUUGCUGGCAUUACUGUACUAUUUCCACCAUUAUGAUCUAAUUAAUGUGUUUCCCCAUCUCUGUGUAAAUAUAUAUUUCGUGAGUGUUGUUGUUCCUUUCGUUUCAUUCCCACAGAUGUAAAAUAUUUAUUUUGAAUAGUUUUAACUACAAUAAUUACGUAUAACAAACAAUAACUGAAUCCCAGACUAAGUGUUGCGCGUAGGCAAUUAAAACCACGAGGAGACGAAGACCAGAUCAGAUCCCUAAUGUAAUUAGUUCUUGGUUUUAUUUUGGAAGCAACCAACCACACCCACACCACAUGCUGUGAAAACUCAAUGAACAAUUCGUAAAUGAUAAUUAGGAACUUAGUUAGAAGCUAACAAAAGCAUUCGGUUCAAGAUUUGAAUAGAACCGUAGAACUAUAGACAAACUGUUUUUUGUAGCACUUGUAGCUGACCGAAGUUUUGGCGUUACAAUAUAUACAUAUAUAUAUAUAUAUAUUUAUAAAUGAAAUUGAGCGAAGAAAUAUGUAGAAAAACACGAAAUGUGGUUCAUUAUCAGUAGCAGUCGUUUAGCGUUUAAACCUAAGCUAAAAGCAUUCUAAGUAAAAAUACUUACCAGACACAUUCUCACCUACCAAAUAGCAUUAAACAAUUUGUACAACUCCGCACACACCCCGCAGAAAAUAUCAUCAUCCCACACUCACCUUAACCGAUGGUUAUGAGCACACAAGAACACACAUCACAACAACACCACAUGAGACUCAUGCUAACCCGGCGACGGACCCUAGGUGGACCACAAACCAGUUGCUGUUACUCGUUGCCCCCGUUGCAUUUCGUUACCCCGUUCAAUUGCGUUCAACUCACACCCGUUCAAAAGCAAAAUCCAAAUGGAAGAAUUCUUCAAUCUUACAGAUGGCUCGAUGUCUUCUGCUGCUGCUGCAGCAGCCCCCUCUGGCGGCGCUUGCUCUAUUCGAAAAGCCAUUAGCCAGCUUAGUCUCAUGCCAAGAUUUAUGCUCCAUAGCAACAACAGCAUAAGCAACAGUCACAGCACAUCACACGAAGCACGCAGGAGGCUAGCGUCGCUACAAGAGAGGUUCUCCCUGUAAAUGCCCCGACCCGACCCGACCGUACCCUGUCUUGAAUGUGAGCAGGCUAAUGCCAAAAUACCCAAUGUUUAACUCGUUAACUCUCCAGUGUCCAGCUUGGCUUAGUGCGAAUCUAUAUAUACUAUAUACGAAUUUCACCCAUCAAUGACUUAUGUUUUGUAUCAAAUCACAAAUGCUAAUCCCGCUUACCUUUACGUUCGUUCUACACUUGCAGAAAAGAGAAGAAAAAGAAAUAAUUUCGUUUCGUUUCGCUCUUGAUUUCGAUCAUUUCCAACUCGCAUACCACCAACCAACACACAAACACACUUCCCACACAUCCGCAUCCUGCGCAUCCUGGCCACCGGUAAGUCCAGAUCCACGUAAUCCCAAUUGCAAUUUAUCACGGAAGUCGGUAUAUCGAAAAAGACGGUAAUUAAUAUAGAUAAUUUAGAAAUUUGAACUUGAAUAUUUUUCGAUAUUUAAAUAUUUCGAUAAAUCAAAAUAUACGAUUUUUUUUCGAUAUAUCAUGUCGGACUUCCUCCAGCAUACACAUCCCGAUCAAGCAUGUAACUAUCUUUUUUGUCUUCCCUCCAGAGAAGCAGGAGCGGGCAGGCACUGCCACACGAAUGAAUCUGAAUAGAAUACUCCGAAAUGCCACACGCUGCCUCCUCCGCCGGGAGCUCAUCAACACACUCGCAUACACUCAGCACCACACACCUCCACCUCUACACACACACACACACUCGUACACUGUACGUACACUCAAGCGUUGCGGCUGUGCCGUGUCUGCCAUUGAAGUAAUUCGGAAUCUGUGCACUUCAAAUACUUUAACUUUAACUGUAACUGUAACCGUUAAGGAGCGAGUUAAGGAUCGAUCAUUUGAGAUAAUUAGACUACCAACACGAAGAACACACUCGAUAAUUAACUAUAACCGAGAAUUUGAAAUGUCUGCGAAGGAGGAACGAUUCACCUUUGAAGAUCGUUCAUCAGAAGAUAUUUGGCUGAAAGAUUUUCCCAAAUUCAAUCUCAAGGACUCAAAUUUUGGGUCUCACGAUGAUAUCGGUUUCAUCUGUUGUACGCAAUAUGCACGAUUUGAUUCGAUUUAUUUAAAUCAUAUUUUCUUCUGCUGAAUGGCUGCUGACGAAGAACGAGAAUGAAAACUGCUUAGACACACAUAGACUUAUUAUUACGAGAGUUGAUAAACAAUACUUACAUCAUUACCUAUGCUAUCAUUAUAAAUGAUAAAAAUAAAAAUUAUAAAUUAUUGAA